AUGGACGGAGCGCAGGGACCUGGAAAGCCCGGGGGAGCAGGAGAGGCGAGCAGCCAGUCAGACGCGGACGCGUGGCGGGAGCUGCUGCGGGGCGGGGAGGACGUGGCGCAAGUCAUGUCUGACAUGGCCAACAUCCUGGACGAGAUAUCAGGCCUGGAGGGGCGGGAGGAGGAGCUGGCAGUGCAGAUGGCAGCAGCGGCUGCCAUAGCGGGGCGAGUCAGCACUCUGGACCAGUCGUUCCUGGUGGCCCUUGAGUUCAUGAUGGGGCAGGCUGAUGCCAACAACGACUCUAAGGGUCGCUGGUUGCUGGAGGUGGUGAAAGAGCAACUCUUAUCACAGCUGCAACAGAAAAUGCCUCCCCAGGUGCAGGUGGUGUCCCUCCUCGUUGCCACGUCAGACAAGAAUCGCCGCCGAGACAUCAUCACACGCGCGCUGGCAGGGGGCGGCAAGCUUCCUGCGGAGGCGAGUCCGGGCGGCAACAUGGGCGGCAUUGGUGGGAUGGAGCCACCAGAGGUGCAUGUACCUGGAGCCAGGCUAGAGGAAAUCAUUUCCCAGGCGGACGACCUCGUUGCUUCAAUGGAGGAGCAACUGCCCAUUCAGGACCGCCGGCUGCUGGCUCGGCUGCUGCUGGCAAGAGAGGAGGCGCGGUCGCUCAUGUCGGGGGGCAUUCAGGACCCUCGUAACGAUGUGCGCCGCCUCAAAAACGUUCCCGAGGCUGAGGUGCGGCUCAUAUCAACGCUGGUGGCCAUGAAAUCGCCAGACAUGCUACGGAAGCGGAUACUAGAUGUCAUGGAGGGGCGGGAGGAGGGCGAGUACAAGAAGGGCAGUGACGGGCCCAUCAAGGUUCAACAAUCAAAAGGCUCUGCCCCUGUUCGGCCAGGUCACCUGCUCGACACUGUAACCAAGGCAGUGAUUCUGGGCGAGGUUCGCCGCCUGAUCGAGUCCAAGGCAAGAAGCUAUCGGAAUAGCUCGGAGGAGCUCGACGAGGCCACGAAUAACUACUCGCGGGAAAACUCGCUCGGUCGUGGUGGUUUCGGCACGGGCUACCGCGGAAAGCUCGCGGACGGUUCCGCCGUGCUUGUAAUGAAGCUGAACCCCGACAACACCCGCCAGGCCGCGGAGAAAUUCACCCGCGAAGUGACCAUACUCACGCGCGCAGACCACCCGCAUCUGGUCAAGCUCCUUGGGUACAAUCCCGAGGCACGCUGUAUCGUGUACGAGUCUCUUCCCGGGGGGACCCUGGAGGACCGUCUGCUGACGGAGGGGGGACGGAAAACGAUGAAGCAGAAGCACCGGCUGCGGAUCGCGGCGGAGGCGUCAGAGGCGUUGCUGUUCCUCCACCAUCUCGACCCGCCGAUUCUCCACCAGGACGUGAAACCCGGCAACGUCAUGCUGAACGAGGAUCUCUCCUGUAAGGUCGGGGGAGUCGGUUUGGCGAAGUUUCUCCCCGCGAACGACUCGUCGAUUUGGGGAACGGUGGGCUACAUCGACCCGUUGCUGCUCCGCACCGGGAAAUACGGCCCGCAGUCGGAUCUGUACGGUCUCGGGCUGGUGGUUCUGCAGCUGCUGACCGGCGAGAAAGUGAAUAAGGUGCUCGAGUUCGCGAAAUUCGGGCUGGAGGGGAUUUUGGAUCAUUUGGAUAAGACGGUUGACUGGAACCCGGAGAUUGCGAAGGAGGUUGCUGAGGUGGCGCUCAAGUGCAGGGACAGGACGAACCGGCCGGAUCUGGAGACGGUUGUGCUGCCUAUGCUGAAGAAAUUCGCGGAGCAGACGAAGGGGGAGAAGGACGCGGAUGCUGCUCCGCCUGCCGCUGCUGCUGGUAGUGCUAAGGGUGGUGGUGGUGGUGGUGGGGCGAGUAAGGGGCAUGAGAAGAAGGGAGCGGCGGCUGCUGCUGCUGCUGCUGCGCCGCAGAAGAAGUCGUUGUUUGGGUACUUCUUUGGCAAGCGGUGA